AUGGCUGGAGCUGGACGGAGGGGCUGGCCAAACCUGGGAAGAGGUACUCUCCCCCGGAGCCGUCCUACGUUCUUGACACGUACAGCCACCGAUGAUGCUGCUCAACUAUUGAGGAGGUCCUCCUUUCCGGCUUCCCCAGCUGGCCAAGAACGGCCUUUGUCCGCUCAAGAUGGUUCAAUUCACACUACUCCGAGACCGCCGACCGCCUACUCCACGGCAUCAAACGUCCCCCUGGUACAGUCAGAGGCAGCGGCUUCUUCCGGUGUAUAUGGGACUUUUGAUGGACCCCGCAAUACUCAGGAUGGCACUCAACCAUCCGACGCGGCAGGUACCCAAUCUUCGAAGGCCGGCGACCCUUGGACUGCCCAGGCUCACGAUGCUACCAACAAGGCUGAGAAGCCUAGCAUGCCGAAGGUGGGAGCAUUUCCCCGGCCCAUUGGAGGAACAGAAAAGCUGGGCACGUUUUCGGGAGUGUUCGUGCCCACCAGCCUCAAUGUCUUGAGCAUCCUCAUGUUUAUUCGUUUUGGUUUUGUACUUGGCCAGAGUGGGGUCCUGGGAAUGCUAGCCAUGCUGGCCGCCGCCUAUUUGAUCAAUCUCGUCACCACUCUGUCUAUUUCAGCGGUUGCUUCCAAUGGCACCGUUCGAGGUGGAGGAGCGUACUACUUGAUUUCGAGAUCUUUAGGUCCAGAAUUUGGUGGAGCCAUUGGCCUGGUCUCCUAUCUCGGUUUCGUCUUCAACACAGGCAUGAAUGCUGUCGGUUUGAUCGAUUGUUUAAAUUACAACUUCGGAUCCGUAUCUGGGAAUUGGGCCAAUACCCUUCCCGAGGGACAGUGGUGGCAGUACUUGUGGAGUACAGUCGUGGUCCUGAUUUGUGUCACCAUCUGUCUCGCUGGAAGUGCUAUUUUCGCUCGCGCGAGCAACGGCCUGCUUCUCAUUCUUCUUCUGGCUACAUUCAGUAUUCCAUUUUCCGCCGUCGUUAUGAAACCUUUUGAGACCAGGAAACAAUUUACCCAGUUUACUGGUCUCAGUCUCGAGACGUUCAAAGCAAACUUGCUCCCUCAUUUCACCCGUGGGGCGGCAGGGAGCCAGCUACGCACCAAAGAAAACUAUCAGGACCUCUUUGGCAUUUUAUUUCCAGCCACGGGAGGAAUUCUCGCCGGUGCGAGCAUGUCCGGUGACUUAAAGAAUCCAAGUGUCUCGAUUCCUCGAGGGACCUUGGGUGGCCUGGCGCUGACAUUCAUCUCUUAUACACUCGUCAUCGUCUCCAUGGCUGCAAGUAUUACCCGGGAGUCGUUUUACAGGAACGUCAAUGUCGUUCAGGACACCAACAUAUCUGGUGUUUUGAUCCUGGCGGGAGAAAUUGCGACGACAUUCUUCUCUGUCUUGAUGGGAAUUAUUGGACCGGCCAAACAACUCCAGGCGAUUGCCCGAGAUAAUGUCAUUCCGGGCCUGUGGAUAUUCGGCCAGGGAACCGAGAAGAAUGACGAGCCGAUUUCGGCCAUCUUGUGUACCUUUGCGGUGGCACAGGGUGUUCUUCUCCUCGAUAUCAAUCGCAUUGCGUCUCUCAUCACGAUGACAUAUCUUAUGACAUUCUUUGCACUCAACGUCGCCACUUUCCUCCUGAAAGUAGGAUCGGCUCCGAAUUUUCGGCCCUCGUUCCACUACUUCAACUGGUGGACGGCCAUCUUGGGAGCACUCCUCAGUGUCGUUAGCAUGUUCUUUGUGGAUGGGCUUUCGGCUUCAGGCUCCGUCUGCAUCCUUCUGGUUUUGAUUGUUAUGAUUCACUAUACAACUCCCCCCAAACCGUGGGGUUCCAUUUCGGAGGUUCUCAUCUAUCACCAAGUUCGGAAGUACUUGUUGCGUCUCAAGGGCGAGCAUGUCAAGUUUUGGCGUCCCCAGAUCCUUCUUUUUGUAAACGACCCGAGAAGAGGCUACAAGCUGAUCCAAUUUUGCAACUCACUCAAGAAAGGGGCUCUUUUCAUCAUUGGUCAUGUCAUUGUCACUCAAAAUUUCGGCGCUUCUGUACCCGAAGCUCGCCGCCAGCAAGCUGCUUGGAACAAGUUCAUCGACCUCUCCAAGAUCAAAGCGUUUGUCAACGUCGCCAUUUCCCCCUCCAUUGAAUGGGGCGCAAGAAACAUUUUUCUCUCUGCCGGACUAGGUAGCAUGCGUCCCAACAUUGUCAUUUUGGGGUUUUACAACAUACAACAAUUUCGAUCCGAACAGCCUUUGGUGGACGUUCCUAGUCCUCCGCCCGAGAGAAGACCGGGAUCCAUCAGAAGGCGUCGAAGGACCAGGAGCCAGGUAAGGGGAGAGUUGCCCACCGAUACCUGCCACAUUGAAAAGCGAACGGACAUCCAAAGCUAUGUCAUGGUACUGGAAGACAUGAUUCUCAAGCUUCAAACCAAUGUUGCCGUCGCCGCAGGAUUUGGGGAUCUUGAGUUACCCAAAUCUGUAGAAGGGGUUGCCAAGAAGUACAUCGAUCUCUGGCCGAUACAAAUGUCAGCUGAGCUGGCCUCAGAAGCCGAUGGCCAACCUCGAAAUGUUCUCACGACCAAUUUUGACACCUAUACUCUCAUCCUACAGCUUGGCUGUAUCCUCAACACAGUUCCUUCUUGGAAGAGGUCGUACAAGCUUCGAGUUGCAGUCUUCGUUGAAUACGAGUCCGAUGUAGAAGACGAGAGGAAUCGUGUCACUUCUCUCCUGGAAAAUCUUCGAAUCCAGGCACAGGUGCUCGUUUUUUGGCUGGCUUGUGGCGUUGUCAAAUCCUACAACCUUGUCGUCAAUGGGGAAGACGUGGAUGUCGAAACACGAGAUCGAGUGGACAAAGUCCUGGAAGAUGAAGUGUGGUGGCGAGAGCUGCAAAAGAUUCGAGGGCAGUCUCGAUCGGGAGACGUCAGUGCCUUUGAUGCCCGGUCCGUGGCGGAUGAUGUCGCUUGGCCCAGUUCGACGUUCCAGGGCAAACGAGAAGCCUCCCUGGUCCGUUUCGAAGGUUUGCGGAGAAUUCUGACCGAUCCGAAAAAGAGGCCAUCAUUUGGGAACCUCUCCAGUCUCGGCGUCAGUCUUUCCAUGAGAACAUCACGCUUGGACGAUGACAUGGUCAGUCGCCACGCCUCUCAUCCCAGUGACUCGGAAGGGUCUGAAACCGAAGACGAGGAAAACUGCGAUCUUGAUCAAAAUGAGUCUCAAGCCAGUUUGUCCGAAGACGAAGGGGAAUUCCAUGAGUCAUCCCCCGCCGGUCCAAUGUCACCGUCCAAAAAGAGCAGUAGCCGUGCGAGUUCCAAGAGGUCGAAUCGUAGGACCGAAAAGGAACUACCUUUCAACAGAGGAAAUCUGUCUACCCAGCCCGAACCAUUCGUUCAGUCCGACGAAGACAUUCUCGACACUCCAAAUGAAGACGAGAUACCGGAGGGAAGCGUGGCCGUUUUCGACAGUGACGCUCCGUCCGCUUCGCCCGGGAACAGCUUGCAAGUUGCCAGUCCACCACGGUCUCGCGCACCAUCCCCGAAGUUGUCGUCUUCUCCCGCGCCGCUUACCAAAGUGACUAGCGAGGAAGGAAUCGGGCCUUCCAUCAUCUUCGCGGAUGAGCCACAUCCACGACGGCAAAAUGUGGACGAAAAUGCUACUGGCCCUGGACGGUCAAUUUAUCAGCGAACCCGAGAUGACAGUAGUCCACCCAAGCCGGCCUCGGGUUAUCCAAAUGCAGCCUCGAUUCCUCUUUCAUUCAAUGACCUCCCAAGUCGGGCACAGCACCUUAUACUGAAUGACUUGAUAUCACAAUAUAGUGACGAUACGGCAGUCAUAUUCACGACUCUGCCAGCCCCGGUGGAAGGAACCUUUCGGAGCGAGUCUGAUAGCCUCGGUUACAUUAGCGAUUUGGAGGUUUUGGUUGGCGGGUUGCCACCGACAUUGCUUAUUCAUAGCAACAGCAUGACGGUAACGACAAAUCUCUGA